ACGAGCAUGUGGUAAUGCCGACAUCUACGCCUCUCACCCGUGUCUUUCGCUGAACAAACAACCACACGCCGUCUCUCCCUACCAAUUUCCACUUUCAUUUUUUUUUCCCUCUCUCACCAUCCCGCAGGAAACAUAACCACAAUGUCCGUAACAACCACCGAAAACCCAACACACUACACCCUCGCCACCACCCUGGCAGACUACGAUCUCCACCACACCACAGAAGGCGGUCACGAUGCUAGUCUAAACGCGCAUCCUAAUCCCGUAGCCGCAAAUGCGCAGCAGAAUCCAAGUCAUUGGCCCACGCAGCAUCGUCGUGUUCCUGCGUACCGGCCCGUGAAUACGCAGCUGGAUCAGAGUGAGAGGAGGGUGUAUAUGAAUGGGUUUGAGCAGACGUUUGUGGGCGUCAUGUUUACGGGUGUGUUUUUGGAGUCGACCAUAUCAAAGAUUUGGAGGAAUUCGCUGGGGCGCGUGUGGAAUGUUGGGUAUAAACUUGGUGGAGAGUGGUGAGGGGGGUUUUUU